AUGCAGUCAGACGAGGGGACGGAGUGGCUCAUGGAGCUGCUCACAGACGUGCAGCUGCAGCAGUAUUUCCUGCGAAUCCGAGACGAGCUUAACGUCACUCGGCUCUCUCACUUUGACUACGUGAAGACCGAAGACCUGGAGAAGAUCGGCAUGGGGCGGCCAGGUCAGCGGCGUCUGUGGGAAGCUGUGAAGAGACGGAGAGCGAUGUGUAAACGCAAGUCGUGGAUGAAGGUGUUUACAGGUAAGAGACCGGAGACGGAGACUCAGAUAGAUUCGUCGACCUGCAGCAUUUCGGCUGAAGCUCACGGUGAAUCCCAGUCGGCGGCUCUGACCUGUCUGAUCAGUGAGAGAGACCUGACGCUGCUGGAGAAACUCGGAGACGGAUCGUUCGGCGUGGUGAAGAGAGGGGAAUGGCAGGCUCCGUCUGGACGAGUGCUGAAUGUUGCUGUGAAGUGCCUGAAGACGGAUUUGCUGGAUCAGACAGAAGGUCUGGACAAUUUCAUACAGGAAGUGAACGCCAUGCACUCCCUGGAUCAUCAGAACCUCAUCCGGCUGUACGGCGUCAUCCUCACACACCCCAUGAAGAUGGUGACGGAGUUGGCUCCACUUGGUUCUCUGUUGGACAGGUUGAGAAAGCGGCAGGGUCACAUCCUGAUCUCGGUGCUGUGCCGCUACACCGUGCAGAUCGCGUGUGGUAUGGCGUACCUCGAGUCACGCCGCUUCAUCCACCGAGACUUGGCCGCUCGCAACAUCCUGCUGGCCUCCAACGACCUCGUCAAGAUCGGAGACUUCGGCCUGAUGCGUGCGCUGCCCAAGAACGACGACCAUUACGUGAUGCAGGAGCACCACAAGGUUCCAUUUGCCUGGUGUGCACCAGAGAGCCUGAAGACCAGAACCUUCUCACAUGCCAGUGAUACCUGGAUGUUUGGUGUGACGCUGUGGGAGAUGUUCAGUCACGGCCAGGAGCCAUGGCUCGGCCUCAAUGGCAGCCAGAUCCUCCAUAAGAUCGAUAAGGAGGGCGAGAGGCUGGUUAAACCCGAGGACUGUCCUCAGGAUAUCUACAACGUUAUGCUGCAGAGCUGGUCUCCAAAACCCGAGGACAGACCGACGUUCGUGUCUCUGAGAGACUUCCUCGUGGAGACGAUGCCUACAGACAUGAGAGCGCUGCAGGACUUUGAUGAACCAGAUAAGUUGAAGAUCCACGCCAACGACGUCAUCACUAUCAUCGAGGGCAGAGCGGAGAACUACUGGUGGCGAGGUCAGAACCGACAAACUCUGAAGGUGGGUCAGUUCCCCAGGAACGUGGUGACUUCUGUAGCUGGACUUUCUGCCCAUGAUAUCAGCAGGCCUCUUAAACACAGCUUCAUCCACACGGGCCACGGAGACACCGACCCUCACCGCAGCUGGGGCGCUCCUGAUAAAAUCGAUGAUAUAUACCUGGGGAACCCCAUGGACCCCCCUGAUGUUCUUGGGAUGGAUCCGAAUGCUGACCGGCCAACUAAAUUACCAAACCGCGCCAAAAAGCAACCCCCACCUCGUCCUCCUCAGCCGGCCAUUCUUCUCAAGAAGCCUUUCUAUGACUCUGUGAUUGACGAUGAUGAUGAUGACAAUGAUCUGAUAGUCACUGGAUUGAAGAAGCUCUCUCUGAAAGCACCGUCAUACCUUGGGCUACGCCUUCGUCCAUGGGAGAACUCGGACCCGGAUGAUCACCUCAGCGAGGUCUCGCUCAUCGACUUUGGAGACGAUAGUUUCAGCUCCACCUCGCCUUCCCCCAUUACGGAGAUUCCCGCCUCCAACUCCGCUCCGUCUGGAGCCUCCAUAUUGGAUUAUGGUCCUCCACAGAGCCCAUACCGCAGUUUGCCGAACCCUCUGCACCCAACCCCCGUGGUGGACUGGGACACCCGGCCGCUGCCUUCUCUCCCUGCAUACGAUGAGGUAGCUUUAGAGUCUGAGGAGCAGGAGGACGUGGAGGUCAGCUCCAUAAACACUGCGAAGACUGACAAUCCAGACCAGCAGAAUUAUGACAGUGUUGAUGGAGAUUUAGAUCCCAAGUGCAAAGUGGAAGACAAUCUGUUCCUUCCAUCCAAACUCGCUGUGGAGAACCGAUCUACCUCGCAGUCGGCUGACAUCUUCAAGGAGUUACAGAGGGAGGUCAUGGCGAAGUUGCAUGUACCAGCGACGGUGCAAUCGAUGCCCUCGUCACCUCUCUUACCACACCGCAAAAUCAUCCUGCCCUCCUGCGAGGACAAGCCCCAGGUCCCACCCAGGAUCCCUAUCCCGCCAACACGGCCUUCCAGACGGACGUGCGCCAGGCUUUCUGUCUCUUUGUGUGAUGACGACGAGAGACCUCAGCCUCCUAAGAUCCCUCCCCGAGACCACGCCAUGUCCCAGCCCAGCUCGCGAUCCCCCAGUCCCAUGAUCUCCACUCAGCAGAGACCAAUUUUGUGCUGUGUCGGUUCUCUGGGGUCCUGCCUCUCCCCUUCAUCGUACUCCUAUGCUCCAUCCACUACCCCUCCAAAGCUCACGCUCAGCCCCAGUAGAAUCAACUACAAUCCCACGAAUGCCACUUCCUGCACCAAUAUAGACCAGACUCGAGCCAAGAGCCCCUGCAACCUGCCCAUCAUGAGCGGGAGCACCAAGGCCAGCAGCACUCAGUACUACCUGCUACCUGAGAGGCCGACGUAUCUCGAGAGAUACGAGAAGUUUGUGAAAGAUUCCGAGCAAAACAAAGAGCGACGGACCAACAUGGCGACUGUUAGACCCAUGGUGCAGCAGCAGUUCAUCAAGCCCAGUAUCUCCUCCAACCCCAGCAGCAGCAGCUCUCAGAGCUCAGCAGAGUUCAACACUUACAGCAGUGUGAAACAGGUACAUUCAGAGCAUCCUGGCUUUCCAGAACAUAUUCCGAUAUGUGUGUGUGUAGAGGAGGCGGUCCAUGGAGUGACAGUAGAGGAGUGUCAGACAGCGCUCGAGAGUCACGGCUGGAACAUUCAGAAGGCUAUUGAGUACCUGAAGGUGGAACAGCUGUUCCGUCUAGGUCUGAAGACUCGGCCCGAGUGUGUGGAAAUUCUGCAGAGGUGCAGCUGGAACCUGGAGCAGGCGAGCACCCAGAUGAUAGACUCAUAUGGUUCCUCCAGACAAAGGUACUGAGAAACUGUGGCACAUCUUCUGGUCUACUAGGAACCCUUUCUACUUUAAAGGUUCUCCCAGGGGACCUCUAUUUUAAGAGUGUAGUUGUGAUGAAGGGCUUAUUCAGGUGUUAUGUACUGUAGCUUGCUGUACAUUAGCAUUAAGCGAAGAGGUUUUUAUUUUUGUCUUGUCACAGAUACUAAACCCAGCGUUGAGGAUGAGCACAGUGUCCCCUUCUGUCCACUGAGAAUCGCAUAAUAUUCAUCUAAACCCGAUCCUGCUCGA